UCUUUGUGGUAAAGUAGUUUUGUUUCAAUGGACUGGAUGGUAAUGAGAAUUCUCAAUGCUUACCAGUCUGUGGUGGUACCAUGGCCAAGAAGCGGAUAGCUGUGAUUGGCGCUGGAAUCAGUGGCCUGGGAGCUGUCAAGUGCUGUUUGGAUGAAGGUCUGGAGCCUACCUGCUUUGAAAGAAGUGAUGACAUUGGAGGCCUGUGGAAAUUUCAAAAAAAUCCUUCAGAGAAAAUGCCUAGUAUCUACAAAUCUGUGACCAUCAACACUUCGAAGGAAAUGAUGUGUUUCAGUGACUUCCCCAUUCCUGACCACUUUCCCAAUUACAUGCAUAACUGCAAACUCAUGGACUACUUCAGGAUGUAUGCCACGCACUUCAGCCUUCUGCGUUACAUUCGAUUUAAGACCAAAGUGAGGAGCGUGAGAAAGCGUCCAGACUUCGGAGUCAGUGGACAAUGGGAUGUUGUUGUGGAGAUGGAUGGGAAGCAGGAGAGCCUGGUCUUUGAUGGGGUUCUGGUCUGCAGUGGCCAUCACACAGACCCCCACCUGCCGCUUAAGUCCUUCCCAGGCAUUGAGAAGUUUGAAGGCUGUUUCUUCCACAGUCGGGAAUACAAAAGUCCCGAGGACUACAUAGGAAAGAGAAUCAUAGUGGUUGGCAUUGGGAAUUCUGGUGUGGAUAUUGCCGUGGAACUUGGUCGAGUAGCAAAACAGGUAUUCCUCAGCACUAGACGAGGAUCGUGGAUUUUACACCGUGUUUGGAAUGAUGGAUAUCCCAUGGACAGUUCAUUUUUCACUCGCUUCCAUAGCUUUCUCCAGAAAAUAUUAACCACAGCAGCAGUAAAUAAGUACCUAGAGAAAACACUGAACUCGAGAUUCAACCAUGCGCACUACGGUCUGCAGCCACAGCACAGACCACUGAGUCAGCAUCCCACCGUCAGCGAUGACCUUCCAAAUCACAUCAUUUCCGGAAGAGUCCAAGUGAAGCCUAAUGUGAAGGAGUUCACGGAAACAGAUGCCAUUUUCGACGACGGCACGGUGGAGGAGAAUAUCGAUGUUGUCAUCUUUGCCACAGGAUACAGCUUUUCCUUCCCCUUCCUGGAGGAUCUGAUUGCAGUGACUGAUAAUGAAGUGUCCCUGUAUAAGUUGAUGUUCCCUCCAGACCUGGAAAAGCCAACGCUGGCUGUCAUUGGACUCAUCCAGCCCCUGGGCAUCAUCCUGCCUAUUGCAGAACUCCAGUCUCGCUGGGCUGUGCGGGUGUUCAAAGGGCUGAGCAAAUUACCUUCCAAGAAGACCAUGAAAGCAGACAUUGCCCAAAGGAAAAAGGCUAUGGAAAAACGGUAUGUGAAGACAGCCCGGCACACAAUCCAAGUGGACCACAUUGAGUACAUGGAUGAGAUUGCCACUCUGGUUGGGGUGAAGCCCAACCUGCUGCUGCUUUUUCUCUCAGAUCCCAAGCUGGCCAUGGAAGUUUUCUUUGGACCCUGCACCCCAUACCAAUACCGUUUGCGGGGUCCCGGGAAAUGGGAUGGGGCCCGGAGAGCCAUCCUGACUCAGAGAGAGCGGAUCAUCAAACCGCUGAAGACUCGAAUUACUAGUGAGAAUAAUCACUCCACCUCAGGGCUUUCUUGGAUAAAGAUGGCACCAGUUGGCCUUGCAUUUCUGGCUACAGGUUUAGCAUACUUUAGAUAUAUUUACCAUGGUAAACGCAAAUGAAUGAGUGAAUAGUUUAGAGGGGGAAACAUGUACUCCUACUCAUUGUAGUUCAUUACAAAGCCUUUAGUUGCUAGUGUAUGGCAGUCUCAUUUAACAUGAUUAUAGCUACAGAACUGUUUAGAUAUACUUUACAAGUAGAAGAGUCCUUUAAAAUGAGUGUGCAUUAACUUCUACAAACCGUUUGAAUGUACAAGAAGAGCUUACAUUAAAAACAGCCUUGAGCCCUUACUUAAAGCUUAAAAGACUUUUACAGCCAAGGUGAUCCCAACUGGUUCCACAAAGGUUGGUUAUACUUACAGGAAUUUAUAAAUAUU